UGAUGUGUGGAACAGAACGGAGCGCGCGCGUAUAGUUUCCGAGGUGCUUCUGAAGUGCAUAUGAUUUCCAAGAAGAGAAGGUGAAAGGAUGUGAUGGAAUUUCAAUUGGACGUUUUCAUGCAAAGUCAAUUGCGAACGCUUCGUUUUAGCAUUGUACAGUUUAGAUAUUAGUGUAGAUACGAAUUGUAUAAAAAAAAGUGUCGUAAACGCAAAAGCCACAAAAUGUUUAGCUGUCUUUGGCAAUUGUGGGAUUGGAUCGAUCCACCCACGUUCACUACCAUGGAGAGCAAAAAGCUGCAACAGCUCCAGCAAGCGAACUCCCAUCUAGCACCGAUUCCACAGACAAAGCCACCAACAUUUCAACAACAGAACAACGACUAUCGGCCUACGAGGUCACCAGUAUUUCAGAAUCAUCCGCAGUAUCAGAGUUUCGCUUCGAACUUUGCACAGAUCAACUAUCCACACCAAAUACGGCCACAGCCACCCCCUCAGCAGCAUCAACAGCAGCAACAACAGCAACAAAAGCAGCAACUGCAACAACAGCAGCAACAUCUCAGCGCACAUAGCAGUCCCAAGUCUAAUAGCAACAGUCUCUAUCUAAGCGAGUAUUCCAGUUCGAGUCAUGUCGGGCAACCGCAGCACCAUCACACGAUCGGAAGUCAUUACCAUUUCGAUCAAAUCUACCAAACUAGUUCUCCUUCUAGUGGCAGCGGCGAACGGGAACGUCUAUAUCAGACAGCUCCAAGGCCAACGCAGCAUACCCAUGCUAAUCAACAGCAACCGCUCACUAAGCUCGAACUCCAGUUCCAGCAGUUGCAGCGCGAGAAAAUCCAAGCGCAAAUCAAGACCGCGACCGAAGCAUUGGCUCAUCAGCAGCAGACAUUCGCCCUGCGCCAACAGUUGAAUCCCCCGGUACCGAACUAUCAUCUGAAGCAAAACCUUUUGCAAAAUCUUUCGCAACAGCAUCAACAGCAGAUCCAGCAACAACAACAGCAACAGGCCCAUCACCAGAACAACCGAAAUGCCCCUCCUUCAAGCCUAAACCUCACCAGUCACUUCCAACCUGCUCAAGGACCAAUGAAACUGGCCAACCCCAACAUCCACGACUACGGUGCCACCGCCGCAACCAACCAACACAUCAUGAAUGAAGCAUUCUAUCAGUCGUCCCAGCAGAAACACAUUCACCCCAAAACCCCAAACAACCUGCAAUCGCCAGCACCGAAUCAGAUCAUCAUCCAACAGAACAUCCCCGGACAGGUGGUGAACCAAGCUUGUCAAACACAGAUCAGUGGCGUAAAAAAUCAACCCCAAGCGCAAAAAUCCCCCAAUUCGGACUCCCUUUCGUCACCUUCUCACGAUGGACUGGAACGGCGGAAAAGCGGACCCGUCCAUACCCUGAAAUCCCCCGUCACCAAGCGACCUGCCAACGCACCCGUCAGUAUGUCCGGCUGGCUGUACAAACAGGGCUCCGACGGUCUCAAAGUCUGGCGACGGCGUUGGUUCGUUCUGGCCGAGUACGUCCUGUACUACUACAAAGGCCAGGAGGAGGAAAAACUAUUGGGUACCGUACUACUGCCAUCGUAUAAAAUAUCCGCGUGCUUCCCGGAAGACAAAGUGUACCGCAAGUUCGCCUUCAAGUGCGAGCACACAAAUAUGCGAACCUUCGUGUUCGCCGCCGAAACUGCCGAAUCCAUGACGUCCUGGGUCCGAAUGCUCACUCUGGCCACCAUGAUGCAGGGCAGCAGCGAGUCAGAAACUAGUCCUCCAUCGAACAACGCUCGCAGUGGAGAUAACAGCGACUCCGGAAUACAGACCUACCAGUCACAGGUGUGCAAAACGGGUAUCAUGCAGGCUCCGGUGACUCCAGUCUCUGACAAUGGAGGUGGCUCGCAGCCACUGUAUGCAAACGCGCCACCCAAACCACGAAGGGCAACCGACGGAGGUUAUUCGUCGCCUAGUCCCGAACAUCUACCGGAUCGAUACGACCACGAUCCCCAGCAGCUCCGAGUGAACGACCCCAUCUAUGGAGUGAAGACUCCCGAUGCGAUGAACAAUCCCAAUCUCGUACAAACACAAUCACCUCUCAUUAAGCGAGGCUUUAAUAACGAUCAGUUAGCGUACGACCCGAACGCAUAUCCCUCACCGAAUGCACAAUCAGGCCAUAACUACAACGAUGCGCUUUACGGCAAUGCGAAGCGUAUCGAACGAGACUUGUACAUUCAGAAGCUUAUCCAGCAGCAACAGCAGCAGCAACAACAACUUCAGCAGCUCCAGCAACAACAGCAGCACAAACAGCAGCUGCAGGCAUUGCAGCAGCAGCAGCAACAACAACAAACUGCGCCACAACCGCAACAUCCGCAACAACAGCAACGAGGGGCGUUCACCAAUCCGUUCAUGUAUCCGAACGCUGACCGGCGGACGCCGGAUACCUAUGGUCCGCCACGGGCCGCCCUGGACAAGCACAUGUCCGACUACGAGGACAUCUACAAUUUGACGAUGCUUUCGAAAUCGCUGCCACCGAAUGUGGGCGGCAGUGGCGGCGGUGGCGGUGAAGAUGUUGGCAACGCAUCGACCGCUUAUCGACGACCGAUGAGUCCUCUCCGGUACGAGGCGAACAGUCAGAAUCCGGGGGCGAUGCCUCAGCGGUAUACGCCGAAUUAUUUGGAGAACUCACCCGCACAGCAACAGCACAUACAAAUGCGAGCCCGCCCGGUCCAGUCGACGAUCCCGCGGCCCCACUCGGCCGACUUCCUGGACUACGAAGCCCGCAACCCGAUCAAAGCGAAACACAAGGACGAACCGGCCCGGGCACCGCGACCCAAGUCCAGCCUGGACAUCAACCGUACCCCCGACAACUACUACUACUCGGAGGCGAGCUAUGCCGAGAAGAUGCGCAUGCAGAGUGCGUCUUACCUGCAGAGGAGCAAUCUUGGCGGCGCGAUCGCUGGAAAAGUGCGAGGCGACGAAUCGCAAGGAGCUAUGAAUUCCAGCACGGUGCCACGGGACGGAUACUUUGCCGGCCGGAUGGAGUACGGGGAUGACCUGCAGCACGGUUCGGCCAGCGUUCCACGAACCCAACGCAUCACCAUCAACCAUCUGAAAAAGUAUCCCUCACAGCAGGAGCAAUUCCUUCGAUCGGCCAGUGCUCGUCUGCCUCGGAAAGAGGAGGACCCCUCUGCACGCGAUGGCGAACGCAAACGGGAAGAGUCGAUGAAACGGCUGCUGGAGUGGAAGCAACGGAUGCUCCAGUCACCGUUGACGCGCAAGAUUUCACAGCAACAACAGCAGCAGCAUCAGUUGGCCCUGGGGUCUCCGGGCUCUACGGGAGGCGGAGGAAAUCCGUUCUUGGCGAAGUCACCAGGACAGCUCGGAAUGGAGGCCGAUUUGUAUCUUGAACAAGAGAAGCACCUACAACAGCAGCACAUGCUGCAGGUGCAAAAGCAACAGCAUCAGCAGCAACGAUUGGACGGCAGUAAGUCCAACCUCGAGUACAACAGCUAUUCCUCCGAUGAUGAAGCUUCCAUUUCAGUUCGCAACGUCAAAAACAUUCCGAAGGUGGCACUGACGGUCAAGCCUGACCCCUCGGACUACCGAUUGAACGCACAGUUCCAGGGAUACUACGACCCAGCACAAACCGAGUACUACUACCAAGAUCAGGAGGGCUACAUCCGACCGGACAUCAGCUUCGAAUCAACUCACGACCUGUACACGCAAGCACAACUCCAACGCGCCCAGGAAAUCAACCUCCAACAGCACUACCAACUGCAGGACAUCGACCGCAGUCUAGCGGCGCUCAGCAAUCACGACUCCCCGGAGGAGAAAUGGCCUUCGACUGGCAGCAAACCCAUGUACUCCUCGCGCGAACAUUUAUCUUCCAGCCAAGACAAAUCCGAACUCAGAACCUUGGAAAUGUCCGCCGGGGAUUUACUGAACCGUACUCACGAAGAACUAGUCUUGCUGUUGAUACAGUUGCGACGUCAAAACAGCAAUACGGCACGCUCCAUUGAGCAGUGUUGCACCAAUAUUCACGACAUUCAGAAUUCGAUUCGUACGUCUGAUGGUCCAACGCGGGCCGAAAAUCUGGCCCGGCUGGAGGCCCUCAAGAAGCAGCUGGCCGAACUGGAGAAGCAGUACGAGAAGGAAAAGCCGCUGAUCAACCUGGUCGACAACAUGGUGAAGCUGGGUACGCUUUACCGCGGAGCUCCCGGACAGAAGAAACCGCUCGGAUCCGAAUCCGCCACGCUCGAUCGGUUGGAGUUCAACCAGCGGAUACAGGAGCGCCGCCUGCUGCAGGAGGAGCAACGCCAGUGGGAUCGAUUGAGUCCGAACCACUCGGAGCUGCAGUCGAAGGUCCAACAGCUGUACCAGAUCGAUCAGCUGCUUCAGGAAGAAUCCGGCACCCUGCAGAGCCUCCAGCGCGACAAGGAGGACCUGGAACGGGCGCUUGGUGGUCUGAAAGCCAAAAUCAUGCGCGGCGAUGCUCCUCCGAUGGCAGUUGAAGCAGCCAGACAGCAGCAACACACACUGGAACGCGAGCUAUCUCGGGUCCAUCUCAUGUUGGCAGAGAAUUCGAAGAAAUUGGAAAAGACCGUUGCCGACAAUGCCCGACUGGAGCAGGAACUUCUGGUUCUCAGACAAAAGUUGCAAGCUUCACGUGAUUCUCAAGGACCCCAAGGAUCGAUGACGACCACCCAGGAUGGACAGUACGUGGGAACGGCCAGUGCCGUCCUGGAGUCUGAGCUGCGACGAGUUCAGCUUUUGGUUGGCGACAUGCAGCGUCAGCGACAGGAGCUCAGUCAAGCAGUGCGACAACUGACGGACAACUCGGACACGUUGGUAAAACAGAUCAAUAAAAAUGGCGACAGUAGAUCGCACAUUAAAAAGCGAUCGCACAGUACCUCCUGGGUCGAGACGGAUCUGGAUUCCAUGGUUAGCAAGGACCACGGUAGAAGUGAAAGCAGCACUUCGCUGAACAUGUUGGAUCGGUCGUCGUCUUCGAUGCUCGGUAGAAUCGAACACGAUCGUUUGGAAGGUUUCGAAUCCUGCAGCAUAGACAGCGAUGACCUGUUGGAAGACUCCAGCGGUAAUCCGUUCGCUUAUAAUGACAAACAGGAAAUUAAAACCGUGCGAAUAGUGAAGCGUGAGUCCGAACGAAGGCAUCGCGAUCGCGAAAAGGAUCGAAGUAACACAUCGACGCACAGCCUUGAUCAGGUCCUGGAGGAGGAGGCGCAAAUCUUCGAGAAUUAUACAAAUUACCAUCGGUCGAAGUCCUUGCCACGGGGUUAUGAAACCCACGAAGCGUUUGUACAAAACCAAGAUAUCCAGACGUAUGCGAACAACUUGAAGGACUACUACAGUAUGACGGCUAACGGAAACAACAGCUACCCGGUUUCCAUGAUCGAUCGCAAAGCGGAUUUGUACUCCGGUUGUGACCGGCAAGCCAAACCAUCGGCCAGUAAACAAUCCAACUUCUCUUUGGUAAACCCCGAACUACCAGGACUGCGCGCCAAAACCGAAUCGAUACAGAGUCUCACCAUGUCCGAACAAAGCCCGGUGUUCCAAAGUGAAGCCGCCAAGCAGAUUAUCCACGAAAUGGUAGGCCAUGGUCCGGAGUCGGUCAGCCAUAAACAACAGCAGCAGCAGCAAGGAGCUUCCAAUGGUAGUUCCAGCAAUGGGCACAGUACAUCUACGACUGAGCGGCAGAAGCAAAAAGCUGAACAUAUGGCCCAGCAGAACAAACAUCGUCGUUCGGUCCCGAAGGAGAAACGUCGACAUCACACGGCGCCGCAUCAUGUAACGGCUAAGCAGCUGGAACUGUUGCAGAGCGAGAACGAUAUGAACAAGAACAACAUUAACUGGAGGGCCCGCGACGAUGUGGACCUGGAGGUGACCAUACGGCCGCGCUCCAAUGCUCCGGAUGUUGUCCGUUCGGCGAUCGGUCCACGGGAGAAGAUCUCGGAGCACACGAUUGACAAGCUGCUGGCGGCGCCCAGUAAAAUCCUGAUACCGGAACGGUACGUACCGGAGCAGGCACCAGAACUGUCACCGGAGGAGAAACGCCGACGGCAGGAGAAGGUCGAAGCCAUCAAGAAGAUGCUCUCCGAGACACCGAUCGCGGGAAAUAAUGACACUUCGCCGAAUCAGCCAGCCAAUGCGGAAAAGCGACAGCGCGAGCACCUGCUGCAGCUAAAUCAAAUACUGGCUCAGCAGGUGAUGCAGAUGAGCAAAAUUGUGGCAGAGAACUCCAUGGCAGUGCUCCCAUCUAGCAUUUGCAAGCUGAAGAAGGCGCGCGGUGGUUUGAUGCGAACCGGCAGCAAUGGCAGCGGUGGACGCAAGAGUAGUCACAGUAGCAACGACCAGGUCGAAACCGAGGAUGAAAACUAUCGCAGCGAGUUGGAGGACUCGGACAAUACGGAAUCGCCACCGGAACCGCUGCCGCUGUACCAGCAGCGAGAGAACUAUUUCACGUAAAGCUAGCACACACAAAACUGAGGAUUUCAACGCUAAAAUUGCUUCCAGAUGUACAAGUUGUCACCAAAACUAAAUACAAACUAGAAGAUAUAUUGUAGUUGUUUAAAGUGUUUGAAACAUGUUAGAGGAGACGCGAAUAGUGGAUCAAUUGCAUUGAUUUAUCCGUCCAUCAUCGGUUGGCAACACUGCUUACACACAGAGGAAAUAGAAAAUACUUGGCUUUAUCGAACAAAAUGAUCGGAAGUUUUGAACAUACCUACUCAAUCGUACACAAACACACAUACUCACGCAUAUCAGUCGAAACCAAGAGAACAAAACAGGAAAUAGCAUUGUAUUUAGUUUGCAUGGCAAUAGAAUUGACCUUAUGAUAAGACAAAAUACGAGCUAAUUUAUCAUCACCAAAUGCGAUUUUAAUUUAGUGCGAUAACUCAGCCCCUACAUGAUGCGAAUAAAUAACUCGGUUUCGAUCAAAUUAGACAAAGCGGAAACACACGCCCCUUACUGGAACGAUCAAUCAAUCAAUACCGAGGAGAGACAGUGCAGUGACGUGCAACCAAAUUCAAUAAGAAGGACGUCAAUUAUCGAUAACUAAUGGUAUAUACUAACUGAAGUUGAAACGAGAAGAGAGAAACUUAUAAUCUUAUAUACGCAGACAUCAGAUGCACACAAUAGGCAACGUGUUUUAAUGGAAUUAAAUAUUACUAAAAUAGCUAAAGCUGGAAAUCGCAUGUUAUUGAAUUCAUAGAAUAAGUUCUCUGCAAGUGGAAGAAGACAAAAUACGGGGAACGGAGAACGAUUCAAGUACCAUUACAUACAUACAUACAUGCAUACAUACAUACAUACAUACGUACAUACACACAAAACACAGACACCUUAUCCAAUAUUAUCCAAUCGUUAGAAAUAUUGCAGUUUACCGAGUGGAGACGAAAAUUGCAAUACUUGCGGCGCGCCGGUAUGGAUUAGUCAAAGUUACCAUUAAUCUGGUCGAUGGAUGCAUCAGGCUCAGCUUGUGCCAGCCGUAAGUAUUAGUAAUGAAACGUGUUCUUCUCGGAUACUCAUUGCGCUGUUACAUGGCUUCCGGUGGGGAAUGUGUGCUGUUGAUUGGGCAACAAAUUGCGACAAAUUCAGAUGAAAUCUUUAAACAGAUGGUUUUAUUUCAACGAACAAGGAGUCGCUUAUGAACAGAAAAAAUAAGAAAUUAUGAUCAACAUUAGGUCUACGGUCCUUAUAAUAAGAAAAUAUUGCUGACAUGAAGAGGUUUUCGAUUAUGAAGUAAAAUUGUUCAACACUGCAAAAUCUAUCUUAAUAUUUACAGUUUCUUUCCUCCAAAAGCAUUGGCAUUUGCAGUGGCGAUAAUAGGGGAUGGGGGUAGAGGGGUCUUUGUCCUCUAUAGAGAAAAAAAUUUCUAUCAAUUUUUAAUAUCAAUUUUUAACGUAUAGCAUAAUAAAUUUCUAAAAAGGUUGGAAACAAAAGUGUUAUCUCCCAUAUUCACCUUAUCAUAAUGAGUGGAAGACAAAUGAGCUUGUUUGUCACUUCUGAUAAAGAUUCCUGUAUGUCAGUGAAAUUGCACUUGGUUUUAAUUAUAAAAAGGCAAUAUCUAAUUGAUUUGGAAGCAUCAAAGUAAGCUUGAUGUGAACAAUAACGGAGAGCCACCAAAAUAUCAAUCAAAGCAAUCGUGGUACUUCACCAGCAUCAGCAGUCAAAGAAAUGUAGUCAAACAUCACGGAUAGGAGUGACAGUUUAUCAGCAGACUUCUGCUUGCCUAGCAGUAUGAUAAUCUCCACAAUUUCCAUCAGCAUUCGAGAAGAAUUCUCAUCAGAAUCUGAGAAGAAUUCUCAUUGGAAUCUCUGAAGAAUUCCUUUCAGAAUCAUCGAAUCAUUCCCACUGGAAUCCAAAAGAAUUCACACUGAAUUCCUUUUUACUUCGUUAAGGGAUUUCCUUGGCAAUCUGUGGGGGAUACUACUCAUAAUCCAUGGAGGAUUUGCUUCAGAAUCUCUCGUUGAUUCGCUUCGGAAUUCCUCCGAAAUCGUACAAAGAUUUGUUUCGGAAUCGUUCGGAGAUUUCCUUCGGAAUUCCUUGACGAUUUGAUUCAGAAUACUUCGACGAUUUGCUUUGGAAUCCCUCGACGAAUUGCUUCGGAAUCAUUCGACGAUUUGCUUCGAAAUCCUUCGAUGAUUUGCUUCGGGAUCCCUCUACGAUAUGCUUCAACAUCCCUGGAAGAUUCCCUUCGGAAUCGCUGGAGGAUUCUUUUCGGAAUCUCUAGAAGAUUAAUUCAAAGUCCCUCCCGGCGAUUUACUUCGGGAUCCCUAGUAACAUUUUGGUUUUAUGCUGGUUUUAUAACACUCUUGUAGAGUAAAUUAUGGUCUUCAAGAGCGUUAUAAAACUUGAAAUGUUACUUGGGCUGGAACUUUCCCGUCGGAAUCCCUGAGAUAUUUCCGUUGAAAUUCCUGAAAUAUUCCCGUCGGAAUCUCUGGAAGAUUUCCGUCAA